AUGAGCCUUAAUGUCUCGCGACUCUGGUGGAAUUGGGAAUACGACACAGACCUCUACCCAACCUGGGACAAAUUUGUUCAGGAUCUACGAGACCACUACGACGUACGCACUUUAUCGUAUAUCAAUCCAUUUUUGGCAAAUGUAAGCACAAAAUCGGAUGGAUAUCGCCGAAAUCUGUUCCUUGAAGCAACGGAGCAGGGCUAUAUGAUCCAAAACUCUACAACCAACGGAACAGCCAUCAUCUCAAGUGGACCCGGACUUGAUGCUGGGAUUCUGGAUCUCACCAACCCUUCCACAAGGUCUUGGUUCCAAAACAUUCUUAAGGAACAGGUCUGGAACGCCAAUAUUUCAGGCUAUAUGUGUGACUUCGGGGAGUAUACACCGGUACUUGCCGACACCCGCUUUGCCAAUAAAAGCGUGGAUCCAUCUUUCUACCACAACGAAUACCCUCGUGACUGGGCCACCCUACACCAUUCGCUUCGCAAUGAACUCCCUCAGGUUGCUGACGCCAUUAUCUUUCAUCGCUCUGCAUCACUCGGUCAAAACCGCUACAUGAACCUUUUCUGGGCUGGAGAUCAGGACACCACUUGGGGUGUGAACGACGGCAUCAAAUCCGCUGUGACAGUCCUAGGUCAUAUGGGCAUGUCUGGAUUCGCACACGGACACGUUGAAAUUGGGGGAUAUACAACUACUUGGGACAGCUUUGGGAUCGUCAAUCGCUCAGCUGAACUUCUCGGCCGUUGGGGAGAGCUGGCCGCGGUUUCAAGCGCCGUAUUUCGCUCACACGAGGGGAGUGUGCCUCAAGUCAACACCCAGUUUUACACCAACACAUCUACCCUUAACUACUUUGCGUACAGCGCACGAAUGUUCAGCAGUCUGGCCACCUACCGUCGGCGGAUUUUGGAUACCGAAAGCAAACCUCACGGCUGGCCCUUGCUCAGAAUGCCGGUAGUUUAUCACCCGGAUGAUGUGACUGCGAGACACAUUAGUUAUCAAAGCUUCUUCCUCGGCCCGGACCUAUAUGUCGCACCGGUCCUAGACCGUGGGGCAAUGGCUGUCGAGGUCUACUUGCCUGGCAAGAAUGAAACAUACACCCAUGUCUGGUCAGCCAAGACAUAUCAGGGAGGACAGACUAUUACCGUGGGAGCGCCAUAUGGCAAGCCUGCUGUUUUCAUUGUUGGGAAUUUGGGGCAUUCGGACUUGGACCCGUUCCUCAAAUUUGUUCGUGAAGAAAAUAGCACUAUCAUCAUGGUUUGA